UGGUUGUCUACAGUCGCAAGCAGUCGGUAUACGAAUUGCCAUUACAAUUAUUGUAUCAGAGUCUGUACGAGAAUCGUUAAAUUUGAAUUUGUGUUCGAAUAUUCUGUUGAUUAACCGCGCUGUUUGGUAUACACACAUUUUCGUUUUAUUCGUGUCGUUAUUCAUGUAUUAGAAUUUUUGAUGUGCGGCUACACGAAUGUAGCGGAAUGAGACGGUGGUCAGUUGUGAAAAAGUGAUCGUAACGUGCGUCAGGUCUUACAAACAAGUUGUGUGUGAGUGGAUUAACUUUUUCCGAGUGUGUAUUUUAUCAAUCAUAUAUACACCUGUGACGUGUGUAUGUGACUAAGUCUGAAGAAUAUUUUUUUUUAUUUCUAAUAAUUAUCCAACAGAAAUUCGUGGUCUUUUCGUUGAGAAAGGAAAUAAUCGCAGAAUUCCAUUGUGCUCAGAAUUGAGAUUUUUGUGUUAAAGAAUCGGAAUUCAAUGAAUGAAAAAUUGGAGUGAAACAAUUGAAUCACAGAAACUAAGUACUGAGUGACUUGUUUGGACCCCACCUCUAUAUAAAAAAAUACAGAGCAUUUAUUGUGAUUGAAAUGGCGAAACAACACAUUGGAUUAAUAUUCCUGGUUAUUGCUUGUGGUCUUAUUAAAGAUUAUGUGCGAUGCCAAAAGGAGCCACGUUUACAAAUUUUACCAAUACAAGAAGUGCAACGGAAGCCAGUCGGAAAGCCAUUCCUACUGACAUGUCGGCCGGAUGUGCCUGACCCAAAUUUAAUAACCGAUCUACAAUGGCGAGACAAUUCAAACAUGAGAGUUGUGCCAAAAACACCAAACGUAUAUUCUCCCAUGUACAACUCGAAAGGACAAAAAAUAUUGCUGGAAUCCGGUCAAUCAUCGCCGCCAAUGUACACCGAAGUGUUACCGGGAGACCAAUCGUUGGCCUUAAUGAUAACAUCGUUAACGGAAGGAAUGGCUGGCAUGUACUACUGCUCAGCAUCGUAUGCAAAUAAUGUUCCAUUGGAAAUUAGUGUCAAAAUUGAAACUUAUGUUGCUAUAACAUGGGUAAAUGCAGCUGAAAGUCAAUUCCCCAAAGCCGGAAAAACGUCUACAAUUUUCUGUGAGGUUACAGCCAAUCCAGCCCCGACAGUUGAUUGGCUUCGUAAUGGUGAUCCAAUUAAAUCGGGUGGAAGAUAUGCAGUUGAUGCACGUGGCCUAUUGAUUCGUGACAUUGAUCAGAAUGAUGAUGGAAUCUAUACAUGUCGUGCAGCGGUUAUCCAAACCGGUGAAUUGGUCGAACGAAACAUUCGCGUUGAAGUGCAUAUACCACCGGUAAUCAUGUCACUGCCGAAAGUGUUGGAAGCUGUCGAAGAACAGCAAUUUUCCGUGCAGUGCAAUGCAACCGGAAAACCGGUUCCAGAAUAUACAUGGAUCAAGGAUCAUUCGCAGGUGAAUGUGGAAACGGCCGAUAGAUUUUUGGUCAACAAAAUAACUGGACAAAUGAGCAUAACUCGCGUCACACACGAGGACUACGGCACGUACACAUGCAUUGCCAAAAACAAUGCUGGCCAAGAUGAAGCUACCACACUCAUAAAUGUUUUGAUUCGUCCACGAGUUUAUGAACUGCUUAAUAUUACAAUUGCUGAGAACAAAGAAGGUGCAUUAAUCUGCAAGGCAACAGGCCGGCCAGCUCCAGAAAUAACAUUCAGACGAUGGGGACGAGAAGAAGAAUUCGUUACUGGCACUCAGCCCGACGACGAUCGAAUUGUUUUGGAGCAAACAGCAAACGACGAACGAGGCGAAGCAACUGGAACGUUACGUAUUUAUAAAAUGAUGCGAUCCGAUGAUGGUCUGUACGAGUGUGUCGCCCGGAAUCGAGGCCAGCAAGCUUUCAAAGUGGGACAUAUUACCGUGGAGUAUAAACCAAACUUCGAUCACAUGAAAGGAUUGCCGCCAGUGUUUUCUUGGGAAGAACGAAGAGCCAAUCUUAGUUGCUUGGCUCAAGGAUUCCCGAACGCUACAAUCGAAUGGCGUUUGAACGAUCGGGCCAUCAAAGAUCUUGGCGAUCCAAAUUUGCAAAUUGAAGGUCAUGGCCCGAGAAGCGACUUGUUGGUAACACCCAGAGAUCGUCGUUACUAUACAGCAUACAAGUGUAUCGCAUCAAAUCGCUUGGGUGUAGCUACACACGAAAUGAUACUUCGGGAAGCCAGACUUCCAGAUCUUGUGCAAUCAGCAACACCACGUAUCGUGACGGCUACGACAAUGACAUUCGACAUUAUUGGACCAGCAACGGAGCUUGGACUACCGAUUCUAACGUAUUCAGUUCAGUUCAAAGAUCAAAACCAACAGGAUUGGACAUAUGCCUACAAUAAGACAUGGACUGCAGCUAACGAAAAGACAGUCGAUAGUGUGUACACAAUUGAAGGACUAAGGCCGGCAACAGCGUACUCAUUCCGCUUUGCCGCUAGAAAUCUUGUUGGCUUAGGGCAAUGGGGUGCGUACAAGCAACAAUCUACACCAGUUCGGUCUGUGCCAGAACCACCGAAAAUUUUACAUGCAACCGACAAGAAUACCGAUUCGAACGACGAAGAACAAAUCAUUGUAUCGCCCUAUUCAGACCACUUUGAUUUGUCAUGGCAAAUAUCUGCCGACAAUGGCGAACCGAUCAAUUAUUAUCAAGUUAGAUAUUGUCCGGGUCUAAAAAUGGACGGCGCCUGGAACGAAAUCGCUCAGCUAUGUGUAACGCAGGACGUGCCUGUGACCGUUACAAAUGACUUCAAAAUGAACGGUCUAAGCGGCGACACAUACUAUCGAAUUGAAGUUCGCGCACACAAUGCAAUCGGAUUCUCACAACCAUCACCACUGCUGAUGCGAACGGCCAGAGGUAACAUUUUAUAUAACAGUGCAACAAGUUUAUGUUGUCAUUGGUCUUCACUGAUCGUGGCAUCAUAUUUGGCAACGACAACCAUUUACUCCAUUAACGCUUGGAAUGCACUGUGUCCAAUUUUAUAAAAACGAAAAAAUUUAGACGAGUGAAAAAUACCAAAAAAUUUGUUUUGUUGCAAUCGAAUUUCCUUUUCGUUUCCGUUUUUACAAUUCAUUUCACCAAUAUUUUCGUAUAUCUAUUUAUAAAUAUACAAACAACAUACAAAACGAAACAUAAUUCAUAUUCAUUCAUACCAUACAUAUCUCAUCCGUGUUAACGAAAUCGAAAACUUGAUACAAAAAUUUUUCCUUUUAUUUUGGUAAUAUUUACACUGAAACGUAUAAGUUUUCCCAUCAACUCGAAGUCAUUCCACUAUGAUAACGAUACACACCCGAUCCAAUCAUCAUAAUACACCAAUUUUAUUCAAUUAAUGAAACGUGAUUCAGUGUAAAUUAAACGUUGAUAUCGUAUCGUAGAUGGUGGAUGGAGCUUUUUAUACAAACACGUUUGGAUAAACAGAGAGAUUUAUUUAUUUAUUAAAAUAAGUUUUCAUACAUUUAUGUGAAAGCUAUACAACCGAAAAUAUACAAGCGGUGGGGAGUAUAUUUGUAUAGAGCCGAUAAAUCGUGUAAAUAAUAAAAUUAAAAUGUAAAAUUUGUUGUUAAAAUGAAGAGAAAAUAUUUGAAAACGAUGAUAGAGAAUAUAAAUUCACUUUAAAUGUAUAACACAAAGAAUAUCAAACCGAACGAACGAAUUCAUAUCCCGUCACCCCCUUUCCUACUGAUGAUUAUACUUUAUGUGUUGCAAUUAUUUAUUUUUCUGGUGGAAAACGUUAGACGUUGAACAUGGUCUCGCUUAAGAAGCUAAUCAUCCCAUUCACGGCUGAUGUGACCUCCAGAGAGUCUGGAGAUUCGUCGGAUUUAAGCAGUCCAAAAGAAUCAAUGACAUUGUGUAGCUUGUAUAUUUCGAUAACUUAAUGAAACAUGUUGAGAGCGUUGGAAGCAUUUGAAACUAUGGCAAUAAUAUUACAGAUUAGCCUUUGGUGAAACGAUAAAAGCUCAGUCCUUUGAACCGAUGACUUGUUACAAAUUAUCUCAAUCUUUUAAAAACGACAAGCGUAUAACAUUACAAUAAUUCAAGUGUUUGUCACAAAAAUCUAGUACUUCAAUACUUUUAUCACAAAUAUGAGAACAUGAGCUCACCUAUGAGGGUAAUUAACAACAAUUCAGUCUGACUUUAACUACCCGGUUUUCUACUCAUUGUCUCUAGUACAUUCAACUAUUCAAUUUUGCAAAGCGAAUUCCCCAGAAAACUAUUGAAACUAUCUCCGAAAUUUGUGAUCUUAGAAGUAAAAAUUUAGUGGCAUGAUUGAGUGAACCUUAGCCUUCACUGAACCUAUAUGUUACAGUUCACAGUUCCUAAAAUAUUUUUGUUGAUGUACAUUAAAUGAUUCGCGAUGUAUGUUACAUGUGUAUGUUCUUAUCCGGACAGGUCAUCCGGGUCAUUCGAAAAUAUUCAUUUCUUGGUAAAAUAUUUUUCGUUGUCUUUGUGCACAAAGUCGUUAUACGGUACGCUUCAAACUGUCGUUAAUAAUCUUUGAUGAGAAAAUAAAUCAUCAUCGUCAACGGAUUCGUCUCCAAAUAACUUUUAUAACUUAUUGACAGUCAACUGUUGCCAAAUGACUUUCUAAUAUCGAAAAAAGUAAUCUAACAAUUUUCUAAAUGGAAGUAAUAACUGUCUGGAUCGUCUAAAUGGCUAACAACCAUUCAAGGCAAAAGAGUUUUUUUUUUGCAAGCUCAACAUUUCUUUCCUUGAACCGCACAUACCCAUGUCGAAUUCUUUCACGUUUUUCUUCAAAUGUAAAUAAUUGCCGAUAAAAAACCGACUAAUUAGCCUAGACAAUGAGACGAAAUGAUCCUAUAGAUAGAAAGAAUUUGAAGUUUUUUAUGUCUACAAAAGUUAGUAAUAAAAGAAAAUGAAUGUGAGAUCCACCUCGCAAUUAAAUGUGUUGUUAAAUAAUCCAAGAUAUUAAAUCCGUAAAAAAGGUGUAAAAGAUUAAGAAUAAAAUCAAUUAAAAAAAUUUCGCAUGUAAAUUAUGAAGAAAAAUCCGUUUUAGGUAAAAAGAAUGUGUAUCAAUAUAGACGUUUUAGACGUUGUACUGCAUAUCAAGAAAUUGAAUCUAAAACAUUUUCACUGAAAAUAUAAUAAUUAAUUUUAACAAUCAAUGUGCUCAAAAAUGUUUCGAUUACAAAAUUUCCAAUCGGUUUCGAUGCCACAAAUAUUUACUGGUGGCUACAACUUUCAAACCACAAUUGCUGAUAUAAAUUCCAUGGUAUCGGAAUUAAGCGCCACAUAAAUGCUGAACAACAUUCAAAAGUUAAGCAAUGCAAUGAUGGUGAAACGUUUCCAACCGAAUUUUGUAUUAAAUUGAUAAAAGGGAAGAAAUUAAUGGACGAUUAGUUUAAGGAAAGUAACUGUUACAGUAAGGAACAUCAUAAAUACUGUUAUUUGGCAAUGGAAAGCCAAGGGAGCUGAAGAUUUAACUUUAAACUUUUGUUAGUGGGUUUGUUUUUCUCUACCUGUCCCCAUAACUUGAAAUAGUGUAUGCAACUACGGAUGCCAAGACAAGGUCAAUCAUAACACAGGAAACCAUUUCCCAUUUUCCCAUAGAAAUGUAAAUUGUAUUUUACUUAACAAUGCUUGGUGAGUGACUGACAGUAGUAUGUUCAGAUUUCUACACUAUUCAGAAAAGCAUUUAUCCUGCAGUUGCAAACUGCUGGUAGAUAUUUAUUUCAUCAGCAAGUUUAUGCUGAUUUAAUACCUACAAUACGUAUGAUCAUUGCUCACAUAUGAAUAUGAAUAACUGCUCACUUGCUCAGUACUCAAUUAAGCUGAAGCAUCUGUAAAUUCUGGUUGGAAAAACUUAUUUGUGAUUGAUUAAUGCAUUUUAUUAAGAUACAUCCAUAGAAUUAUCAGACCCAAAAGAAUAUUCAAUCCAAACCAUUCUACUCAUUCUCAUUCCACAUGUGAUAUCGAUGUUAGAAUACGUAUCGUAUUGUUGUACGCAUGUGGAAUGAAUAAAAUUAUAUGAAUGGAAAUUGUUGGAUCUUGUGAUUCAUUCUCUGUACCGACGGUGCGACAUGCUACACCAUUUAUAAUAUUUGAAUUUCCCGAACAAGAACUUAAUUUUGCUUUUAAAUAAAUUGAAAAGAAAUCGUAGAAAAUGAGAGACAACUAGAGAUAAUAGUGCACUAGGUAUACGUAAUUAAUAAGGUGACAAUAAAUAAUGAAAAAUCAAAUGGUUAGUACUUUUGAAUUUCUUCUUUUUUAUAUACAAAUACAGGCGGAGAAACGUAAUAAGUCACAAUUACAAUCCAAUUCUCUUACUCAUUCCACAUGCAAUGACAAUGUUAAGAUAUCUACAUCUGUGUAAAUGCAUCCGUAUUGGGAAAGCCAAUUUUCUUAGGAAAAUAUGGAAAAAUACGGUGAGAUGUUUUCCCAAUAAUAGAUUUGUCUGAUUGUGUGUAUGACAUGGAUAUUGCAUGUGGGUGGAAUGAAUAACGUCAAUUGAAUUGUAAUCAUUGAAAAUGUGUCUUCUUUAUUUUCUCUUAUCGUAACUAAACAUUUAGUUAGUAAAGUUCUUUCGAAAAAAAAAACAAAAUAGGAAAAUGAAGAGGCUGGUGUUAGAGAAUCAAAUUUAAAGAGUGAAAAAUGUU